AUGGCAACCAAUUCUAUCAAGCUUUUGGCUCCCGAUGUGCAUCGUAACCUAGCCGAGUUAGUUGCUAAGAGGUUAGGUUUGAAGCUUACAAAUUGUAAGUUGAAGAGGGAUCCCAGCGGCGAAGUAUCUUUUUCCAUUGGUGAAUCUGUUAGAGACCAAGAUAUCUUCAUUGUUACACAGAUCGGAUCUGGUGAUGUGAAUGAUCGUGUCCUUGAGCUAUUAAUAAUGAUUAAUGCAUCAAAGACCGCGUCUGCUAGAAGAAUUACAGCUAUUAUUCCAAAUUUCCCAUACGCUAGACAGGAUAGAAAGGAUAAGUCUCGUGCUCCAAUUACUGCUAAGUUGAUGGCUGACAUGCUGACCACUGCUGGUUGUGACCAUGUCAUCACCAUGGACUUGCACGCUUCUCAAAUACAAGGGUUCUUUGAUGUUCCAGUAGAUAACUUAUAUGCUGAGCCUUCAGUUGUAAGAUAUAUUAAGGAAAAUGUUAACUUCAAAGAAGCUAUCAUUAUCUCCCCGGAUGCUGGUGGUGCCAAACGUGCCGCUGGUUUGGCCGACCGUUUGGAUUUGAACUUUGCCUUGAUUCAUAAGGAAAGAGCUCGCGCUAAUGAAGUUUCAAGAAUGGUCCUUGUUGGUGACGUCUCAGACAAGAUUUGUAUCAUUGUUGAUGAUAUGGCUGAUACAUGUGGUACUUUGGCUAAGGCUGCAGAAGUUCUGUUGGAAAACAAAGCCAAGUCCGUCAUUGCUAUCGUUACCCACGGCAUUCUAUCUGGCAAAGCUAUUGAAAACAUUAACCACUCAAAACUUGAUAGAGUAGUUUGCACAAAUACUGUUCCUUUCGAAGAAAAGAUGCUACGUUGUCCAAAAUUGGAUGCAAUUGAUAUCUCUUCAGUGCUUGCAGAAGCUAUUCGUCGUUUGCACAACGGUGAAAGUAUUUCAUAUUUGUUCAAGAACUACCCUCUCUGA